AUGCAAUACAAUCAUUAAGACGAGCAAUAUAAUGAAAACGAUGAUCAAUAACAACAAGAUAACCAAUAUGAUGAAUAAAACGAUAAUCAAAACGCUCCAUAAGAGAUGGAUUUGAACGUUUAUGAGGAUGAUGAUGAUGAGACCCUUCACAGAAAGCUGAUAGCCGCUAAAAUUGCCAGAAAAAGAGCAGAGGAGGAUAUGAAGCUAUUGGCCAAUAGAAUUCACUUACUCAAGCAAGAAGAGUAAAAGGCUUGGAAAAAGAUUGAUGAAACUAAAAAGAAGGCCAGAGAUAUUAUGUCUCAGAGAUAAAGAAAUUAGGAGCAUUUACAGUAAAAAAUGGAGAGACAGAGACAAAAGGAAGAAGAAGAGGCAUAAAGAAUUGCUUAAAAUCGUGCCUACAAAGAUCAACUUAAGCAAAAUAUUGAAAAUUAGAAGAAGGGGUAUGAAGAGAAGGUCAAAAAUUAGGCUGACUAUGUGAAGCAAGAGAAAAGUGAUCUAAAGGAUCAAAUGCACAUCUAAAAGCAAUAGGAAUACCUAAGAGCAACCCAAAUGAAACAAAUUAUCAAGACUCAAUAGAGUCAACUUAAAGAUAAGAAAGUUAGAGACUUUGAGGAGAAACAAGCCAAGGCAAGAACCUAAAUUGAAGAGAAAAUGUACAGAGAAGAGCAACAAAGACUUGAACACGAAGCUAUGGUAGCAAGAAUGGAACAAGAAGAGCUUGAACUUAUUAAGAGACUUUAGAACACUCAAAUGCUUCAGAAAGCAGCUUAUGAUGAUUUAGAAACAGCUUUGUAAAAUGGUUAAAUUCCAGAAGGUAUGCUAAAUGAGAGACCAGGUACUGGAGCCAAGAAAACUGCUGGAAAAAUUUCCCAACUGAGAAGAUGA